AUGCGUAGUGGUUUGUACUACGUGACGUUUGUCGCGUUUCUGGGCGCGCAACUCGCCCUUGCGCGCCCCCAAUCGCAAUGGAAGGAUGUGACGGAAUCUGAUAGCAGGGACGUGGUUCGUGCCGCCGUCGCGUUCCAUCAACCCAAGCUUGCAGAAGCUGAAGAUCUGUUGAUGAGCAUCUCGGAUCCUAAUUCAGACAGGUUCGGUCAGUAUCUUGACAAGGAAGAAGUCCAAGCCCUUUUCGCUCCCAGUGAGGCAUCCCAAAAGAAAGUCCUAGGCUGGCUUGAGAAUGCCAGCAUCGAUUUGUCUUCCGUUCAUCUCAAGAAAGCAGCCGCUGUUAUGGAAUUCUCUGCCCAAGUGACUCAACUUGCGCAUCUCCUUGGGGACAAGGUUCAAUUUAUGCACAAUGAUGCGACCGGGGACUUUCGUAUUGAGCCUUCUGACCACGAGGUUCCAUCUGAGAUGAAGGACUACGUGCAGUUCAUCACUCUGGCACCAACAACAAAGGCUAGCAAAGCCAAACGCAGCCGUCCUGCCAAGCCUAGUCCUGCUCCUUUGCCUCCACCAUACAAGCUUCCUGUUGCCGAUGAUUUACGCAACUGUAGUGAAAGCUGGACACCAGCUUGCAUCCGCAAGCUGUAUGGCAUUCCUCUCGGUACCAAGGCCGCAAAGAACAACUCCAUGGGCUUAUUCGGAUACGGUGACCCCUACAGAUUAUCCGACUUGGACAUGUUCUGGGCAAAGCACGCUUCCUACAUCCCUAAAGGAACUAAGCCCAAAGUCAACAGCAUCAAUGGUGCUGUAGCAGUUGGCGAGCCUAUUGAGGGCGAGGAGCUACUUGAUAUCCAGAUGUCGUACCCCAUUGUUUAUCCCCAGACAGUCACAAUGUUCCAGACUCCUUACAACAAUGCGGGGGGUAUUCUGAACGACUUCCUGGAUGCUGUAGACGCGAGCUACUGCAAAUACGACGGAGGAGACGACCCUGAAUUCGACCCUAGGUUCCCAGUCUUUCAAGGAUUCCAAGGACCCGCCAUGUGUGGCAAGUACCAGGUGACGAAUGUCGUCUCAAUCUCAUUCGCUCCCGACGAGACAAGUUUGUCUCGACACUACAUCGAGCGACAAUGUCACGAAUGGAUGAAGCUUGCCCUCACUGGCGUCACGGUUGUCGUAGCCUCCGGGGACCGCGGAGUUCAGGGAUCUAUGCAGUGUACCGCAAACCCCUACGACAAGACCAAGGAAGCUUUCAAUGCUUUGUUCCCAGGCUCUUGUCCUUAUGUCACCGCUGUUGGAGCGACCCAAGUCAACUUCAGCGGAUCAAAAUCACAUGAAGUUGCUGUGUUUGAUCCCAAGCACAACUUUUACUCUGGAGGUGGCUUCAGCAACAUCAACCCACAGCCGGCGUACCAGCGCAAGGCCGUAGCCAGCUACCUCGCUGCCAAUAACCCCCACUACCCCAAAGGAACGUACAACGCAUCUGGACGUGCUUUCCCCGAUGUUGCCCUAUUGGGAGCCAAUGUUACGAUGGUGGAAGAUGGCAAGACGACAGUCAGCGGGGGGACUAGCGCUGCUGCUCCUAUGUUCGGUGCUAUGAUCAACAGAAUCAACGACGAACGAUUGCUACAAGGAAAGAAGCCCAUUGGCUUCUUAAACCAGAUUCUUUACCAGCACCCAGAAGUCUUUACUGAUAUUACUGAGGGUUCGAACCCUGGAUGUGGAAAGGCGGGUUUCAAAGCGGCUAAAGGAUGGGAUCCUGUUUCAGGGAUGGGGUCCCCCAAAUUCCCAAAGCUUCGUGAUUUGCUUGUUGGGCUUCCCUAA